UUGGUGGAUGUGCAUUCUAAUCGAUGUUUGCUAUCCAAUAAGUAAGGAAAUGGAGAAUGUGGAUUGAGUCUUGAUAAGAAGAGGCAUAAAGAUUUUCUGGGGAGCAACCAGCUGGUGGUCAUGACAUAAAGAAAUGAAUAGCAUCUUCCCAUUUACUCGAGCCUUAUUUGAGGUGGAGAUCGUUUCUAUUCCUAAAAUCCCGAUCGAUUCUUUUAACAAAGAGGAACGUAUAUAAAGCACCACAAAAGGUGAAGCCCCAAAGUUCUGUGAAAGUCAUGCUUCUUCAUUAGAAUUGACCUGAAACAGAAACACAAGCCGAGUUUCACGCAUUUGCUGCUUUUCCUCAUGUCAACCAAAGUGCUGAAAUGGUAGGAUUGGAAUUUAUUGAUGGUACAAGUAAGAAGGGGCCUGGAAGUUCAGUCUUGCAUUAUGCCAGCUGAUGAUAGAUGGUACAUAAAAGUGGCAUAAUACCUGAAGCUAAAAUAUGCUAUUUUGUUCAAAAUUGACAGGAUUUAACCCCAUUCGACCAACCAUGUGAGGGGUGAGGGGGAGACAGGCUGCACCGCUAUCUCUUGUCUUCUCCACCUGAUGAUGACAUUACAAAAGAGAAUCAUGUACCUCCUACUAGUAUUUGAGAAAACAUCCCAAGUCUCCUUCCAGGCUUCCACCUUCUGUCCAAACUUACAUUCAAAUUCUGAGCUGCACUCAGGGUCCAGGGAUGACCAUCCAACUGUCCCAUGUGCUAAUAAAGGCACCAUGAUUGGUUUCUCUCUCAUAUUUUAACCUACUUGAAAAUCUGUUAAAUUUCCACAUCUAUCCAAACUCUUUUGGGUGAUUAUAAACGCAAAAUUCAGAAGGAAUAAUCCAAGCCUCCCCACAGGAUCUUCACGAUAAAUUUUGUUUAUUUUUGGGUUUCUUACAGUAUAUGGGUCUGACCGUCCAAUGUCAGAUUUAAAAUCAAGGGAGAGGGGCACUCAGGUAAAUCUCCUUCAAGUCGGUGCCUUUUGCUCUAAACCAAUCACCCUACAGACAUUCGAGCCAAUAAGCUUCAGCUUCCGCAGUGAUUUGGGAAAGAGAGGGAGUGAGAAGUUAAGAUGGCCGCCAAUCUUGGAAGUACCAGGUACCCCUUUCUGUUGGCCUAUCUGUUCCUGGUAUUGUUGCAAACCAGAGUCUUGUGUUACCAGUACAAGGUUGGAGAUUUAGAUGCUUGGGGCAUACCCACUUCAGCAAAACCACAAAUUUACACACAAUGGUCCAAGUACCACACCUUCAAAAUCGGAGAUUCUCUCUUGUUUUUAUACCCACCAAGUCAAGAUUCUGUGAUACAAGUCGGGGAAGAAUCCUACAACAGCUGCAACCUGAAAGAUCCAAUCUUGUACAUGAACAAUGGCAACUCUCUUUUCAACAUCACCGCCCAUGGGGAGUUCUACUUCACCAGUGGACAGCAGGGCAACUGCGAUAAGAAGCAGAAGCUCCACAUUUCUGUGUUUUCAGGCAAUGGAUCUGCAUAUUCUCCUUCCUACGGUCCCACAGAGAGUGCAUCCUCUUACCCCACUGUUUUUGGUACAAUCCCACAACCACCUUCCUCUUCCCCUCCUCCUCUAAGCUAUCCGGUCUUCAUGGCUGCCCUCACUGGAUUUUCUGUAUCUGUACUUGUCGGCGGUAUCAUGUGAGGAACAUAAUUUACUCUUUUUCAGAUCCCAAAUGAGUAAGAUUCUUUUAUAUAUGUUCCAUUUGGUAUUAUUUUUUCUUUGACAUUUUGGUUAAUAUUAAAUUUUUCGGGUAACAAAUUUAAUAGAAAGAUGUAGUUCAAAUAUGGGCCAGUAUCGCUCGUAUAUUUUCGGUUCAUUAAAUGUUAUGUGUACUUUUUUAUGAAUUCCAAAGAAGAGAGCUAUCGAGAGCAUCAAUAGACUGUAAAAAUAUCAGUCUCUUUUGCUCUUUUAUAUUUAAGCCUGAAUAAAAUUCUGCAUUUAUUCCUCGUGUCA